GCAUAUUUGAGGAUACUCGAUAAUAACGUGUUGUGAUAUUUAGUUAAAUCGAUGGAGUUGCUGAUCAUACAAUAUGGCAGAAACCAGGAGAAUGGAGGUUACGACAAUUACUCAAGGAAGCAAGAAGAAACCAAAAGAAAAUCCAUUGACAACACAUCGUUUUAGCCUGACAUUGACUAACACAACAGAAACAACAUGUCCUGAGUUUUCGUUCAGCGAUUUGACGAAAAAUGCCUUGAAGAAGUUGGCGGAGAAAGUGAGUCUCGAUCCUGAUGAUCCAUUUGGUGAGCAUGACGCAGCUGAACAAAAAAAGCUGGAAGCCAUUGCGAAGGCAUUCGAGGAGAAAUACGCCCCCAGAUUGAAAACACAAGGAGGCUGUGACCGGCUGAGUGACCUUGUUGACUUAGGCGAUGGGUACGAUGACACUGACCAUUUCAUCGACAACUCUGAAGCAUAUGAUGAACUGAUUCCAGCAUGUAUGACCACAAAACUGGGAGGUUUUUAUAUCAACUCGGGCCAUCUUGACUUCAAGUAUAUAUCGGAUGAUUCAUCGGAAGAAUUCCAAGUGAACAACAGUGUGAAAAAGAAACGAGUGAAUAGAAUUGAUUCUGAUUCCGAAUCCGAUGAAGAACAGCCAAAGAAAGGACCACAGAAGAGGAAGUUCAAGGAUGGAGUGGAGGUGGAGCGUAAGAAGAGGAAGAAACUGCUGCUGGGUCCCGACGGAGAGAGAAUCAAGAUGAAAAGAGGACGGAAGCCGCUCGAUGACAAGCUCAAAAAAAAAAAGAACUCUCCCACCGUGGCUGAACUUCUGAAGCAGCAGACAGCGUCUACCUCUACUCCUAGUCACGUCGUCAACGGCUGCAGUGACGAUGUUGAGAACACUGUCAGCAGCAGACAGCUGGAGAAGUCCAUUGAAAGCACGUUCGACGCUGUCCUCAGCGAAGCAAUGGGAGGCGACUCCGGAAGUCAUGACGGAACUGACAAGAAGCCAAGUAAUCCCGAAUCCAUCAUCCCUCUACCUCUAGACCUGCCAGCCAGCCUAAUAGACAUAAUAGAGCAAAUAAAACAGGCAGCUCGUGAAUCUCGGGAAGGAAAGUGCAAGUUUUUCUCUGGGAAUGUCAACAAACUGUUGUUAGAUAUUGAAAUUGGCUCGCGUCAGAUGGCGUUUGGUCACCGUACAACUAUAUACACUCACCUGUCGUCCUUCCUACCAUGUAGCAAGGAGACGCUAAUCAAACGAGCCAAGAAACUUCGACUUGGGCAGCAGAACGAUCAACUCAGGAAACCACUCAGGAAGUUAAAGGAAGUUGUGGACAACGUGAUGCCAUUACUCCAGGAACAAUACGAGGCAGAACACCAGAAAGCUUUACAAAUGAGAGUUGAAAACAAGGAGAAGGGCGAGGGAGACAGCAGUGUCAAGGAUUACGCCUCCACGGAAAGUGACGAGGAGGAGAAAACCAACCAGGACUUGACAAACAAGAAGAGAAUUAUUGGACCUCGCAAGAAGUUUAUGUGGACAGACCACAUCAGGGAGGGUCUGUGUGAUGUUGUGCGGGUGAAGAUGCAGAUGUUUACUGUGUCUAAAGUGCGAGCUCAGACUGCUGAAGAGUACCUGCGAGCGUUUCUAGAUGCUGAAGUCAAAACACUGUGGCCUCAGGGCUGGAUGCAAACCAGGAUGUUAUUUAAACAAAGUCGAUCGGUUCAUGCCAACUGGACAAACCAAAAUAAAGCCAGAAAGACAUUACUGACGGCCAAGGCAGCCUCUCCCACCCCACCCACCAUACCGGUAAACCGGGACCUUGUAAACAAGAACCCCCUGGUUACGCCGAGUGUGAAGAAAACUACAGAUGUGGUGGAAAUCGUGAGCAGCUCGGGAGAGGAGGAGAAAGUAGUGAGUGGUCCCGAUCUUGACUCGGACUGCAUCAACAUCGAGGACUACAUUACAAGUGAAGAUUUCGAUUGUCUUCUGUCGUCGAUCGGGACCGCAGAGCCGCAGAUCUCCAUGUUACUGGACUACCCCGACAAAACCCCAGUCACUACCACCACUGUGGGUAGCAGCGCUGGCAGUACGACGGUGAAAUCAACCUCGCUCGUGACUCAACCCAAACAUUCCACAAGCGUAUCUACUGAGAGCACUGCACACAUAUCUGAAACACCGGCACGCAACCUAGUGGCCGACAUACUGCAGAAACCUUCAGCAACCAAAACCAAAACCACGACUUCGCUUCACAAACCAACAGCUGUCCUGGCAGGCAGCCGAGAAUCGCCCUUCAUGGCCGAGUUCCAGAAACAUUUGAUUUUGAGUGCGGCCGUGAGCACACAGGACGAACCUCCUCACAGCAUCAGUAACCAGACAACCGAUCUUUUGUCUACUCCAAGACUUCAGUCCAUGCUCACCAGUCCCUUGUCAUCCCAGUCGGCCAAGUACCAGUCUAGUGGAAACAAACAGUACGAGCAGUUUCUGAAACAACAGAAUUACAUACACUCCGAGCCGAGACCACAGAAGGUUGUCAGUUCUCACCAGAGUAAAUCACUUUCUCAGGUACCAGGUGCUCAAGUGAAUAUAAUAGACUCCAGGGUGAAGGUCGAUUCCAGUCAUGUGAAACAGGAUCGGGGAAGUGUGUCGGCAAACUCUAUAAUAGACAAGGAAGCCAUGAAACAGCUUCACCAGAGACUCCUGCAGAUGGCUGGGUCGGGCAAGAUGUCUGGUCUGGUUAAAGACCGCUCUCAUCACGGGCUGAGCUCCCAGCAGACGGAGAGCAGGAAAGCUCACGAUGCACACAAAUCUUCAGUGGACAGUUCGGUCAGGCAUCAGUUGUUUAAACAGCCUCUGCCCGCGAGCAACGCAGCUCAGAUGAGGUUAUCUCCUCAACAAUCUAAAACUGUGCAGAGCAGUGGUCAGAAAUCCUCAGUGUCGUCAUCAGGGAAGAGUGACAUGCAGAUUUAUCAGUCGGGAACGCUGCACAGACAUCCGGCACAAGCUCACCAGAAGGCGCCGAGUGCGGGUCAAACCCAGCAGAGCUCUGGUCUCGCCAACAGACAGCCUUCACCUUCGCACGUGUCGCGCACGUUGUAUUCUCCGGCCAACAACCGUCAGUCUGCAUCGUCUUAUGUGGCGGUGGCGUCAUCGACGACCAGCAGACAGACGAGCGUGUCACAGGUGCACGGGAAUUCCCAACUUUCCUCUAUGGGUGGCAGGCGGCCGGGGAUCACCCACGGGUCACCGACUAAACUGACCGACUCGGCUUCAAGAAACUCACCAACGUCGUCUAGAGUCGCAAUGUCCCCACACACCUCGCCGACCACGAGCAAUUCACACAUCCGAGAACAGUCCACCAGUCAAUCGUUUCUGUCGAAAGUCAUUGAAUCGGAGAUGAAGGCCACUUCCUUGCCGCAGUCAUCUCACGUGAAGGUUUCUCAGUCAAACCGAGGCGGCGGUGGUCAGAAUAAAGGUCAGGUAAUGUGGCCGGCGAGUCAGCCAGAGAGGGUUGCGCCGUACAAUACAUCGUCCGUGUCGAGUGUGUUGAACUCUUUCUCGGGAGAUCUCCUGCCGGGAUACCAGAGUCUCAAACUGUCGUCCUCUUCCUCGAGGGACCACCCGGUAACGGGGUCAUACGCAGUCGUGUCGCCAUCUUUACAGCAGCAAGGUUCAGCUCUUGUAGCAGGAAGUCGGAGUUCGCACUCUCAGCCUGUUAGCAGCAAAACAGCACGGCCGACAACCUUCAGCUCGCAGUCGGGUCACCCGAUGUCACCUCAGGUCACACAGAUACAAGGGCAGACAACUCCAGUCACUCAACUGCAACCAUCACCUCAAAUACCAGGCUUACCUCCGCUCUACAGCUCAUCUCACAGUCUCCUCUCUCGGUCCUCCCCUCUCUAUGGACUGCCACCCUUCACAGACUCCACUCAUUCCACUCAUUCAUCUCACGGUUACUGAUUCCAGUCAGCGUCGAGCUGUUGACGGUGGCAGCAAUCCUAGAACCUUGGUGUUUGUGUGAAUAUUCCUCACUUGGUUACGAAUUCCAGUCAACAUAGAGUUAUUGGUGGUGAAGGGAACCAUGGCACCCAUGGUAGGUGUCUGUGUGACUAUUCCUCAUUUGGUAGUGCCAAUAUUCCUGAUUUUGCUACUGAUUUCUGUUCCACACAGUCAAUGGUUAUGACUGGAAUCCUAGUAGCUAGACAGUUGCGCAAAUAUUCCUCAUAUGGCUACUGAUUCCAGUCAGCAUAAUGCUGUUGGUGGUGAUGCAAGUUCUAGGAACUAGAUAAUUUCUUUCAACAUAGCAGUUUCAUAGCAUUGAUAUAUUGAUAUUUGGCUACUGAUUCCUUUCAACUUGGAGCUGUUGGUGAUGGGAAAUGUCCUCAUUUAUCUGCUGAUUUCAUUCAGCACAGAAUUACUGGUGACAACACAGUUAUUGAUGAAAACAGAGUUAUUGGCGACAACACAGGGUUACUGGUGACAACAGUUACUGGUGACAUACAGAAUUAUUGAUGAAAACAGAGUUAUUGGUGACAACAGUUACUGGUGACAACACAGAAUUAUUAAUGAAAACAGAGUUAUUGGUAACAACACAGAGUUACUGGUGACAACACAGAGUUAUUGAUGAAAACAGAGUUAUUGGUAACAACACAGAGUUACUGGUGACAACAGAGUUAUUGGUGACAACGCAGAGUCAUUGAUGAAAACAGUUAUUGGUGAAAACACAAAGUUACUGAUGACAACAGAGUUACUGGUAACAAUGCAGAGUUAUUGAUGAAAACAAAGUUACUGAUGACAACAUAGAGUUACUAGUGGUUACUAGCAAUACUGAAUGGUUUUAUGCAAAUAUUCCUCAUUUCCUAUUGAGUAUAUUUCACAUUGAUAUACUGAUGAUGUUGACAGCAGCUGUAGAUGGCUAUGCCAGUAUAAGAUUAGAUAAAUAUUAAAACCAUUAUGUUGCUGACUACCAAUACUCACAUGGUUGUGACUAAAGACUCCUAUACGGUAAAGUCCAGGACCCAGUUUCACAAAACUUCGUAAGUCUAGUUUUACAUGUAAAUGUUAAUCUACAACUAAACCAUUACUAACAGUACAACAAAUACCAUUUGAAGUAUGCAUAUUUCAUUUUCUUUUGUCCUUCCAAUGUUCCAUCUUCCAUAAUGAUGUAAUUUUCUCUGUGAAAUCGAUGCCAAACACAUGUAAGUGAACCAUUUGUAUAACUGCUAGUCACAGACAUAAACUUACGUGGCUGUAUUUACGAAGCCUGUUUAUCUUAAAUGCCUUAGUUACACAUGUGUAAGUGUCAUAAACAGCUUUGUUUUGUGAACUUGGCUCCAGACGUCUACACCUGUACCAGUGCCUGCUGGUCCCACCUGAUAGAAAUAACAAGUCCAUUCUGAUGCUUAUCUUGAAGAACUUUGUCGUGAGAGAACUGAACAACUUGGUGGACUCCACAAAAUAAUAAAUAACUGAAUGUCCAGUCGGACAGGAGCUGGAUCUUACUGAUGCUCUACAUUGAUCUCUUUUGGAAGAUGCGACACGAGCCAGUGUCAUACAUUUCAGAGAGGUUUCUCUGAAUACAUCACAGCUUGUCUGACUAUCACAGCUUUAUGCCAGUGCUGGUUGAUAGGUGAACUGAUUGCAAUAUGUUUCAGUGCUCCCAUCAUCCUCAAAACAACAUUUUACUCCCACCAAAUAACCAUAAAGACAAAAAGUGCAUCAGGCUUUGUAUAACAUUUACAGUGUCUCCACGACCUUCUUCCCAACCACCUCCCUAGAUGUGAUAAACCAAUAUCCUAAUACCUGCUGUGUGAGAUCUGUACAGUGGAGAAGAUUCACAACAGACUUGGUCUCGGCUCAGCCACUAAUCACACAUGGAGAUGUCCUCAUUUUGUAAUAUGUUUCCUACUAAUAGAGCCUUUUUAAUGAUUAACUUAGUAUAUUAAAUAUUAUUGUUUGGAAGUGUCUUAUAUAUCCAUUGUAUGUGUUUUCGUCCUGAUGUUUAUAGUAGCUCAAACUGGAUUUUACUUCCAAAUAAUUUUGUAUUUACAAUUUUUUUUAAAAAUAUAUAUAUAUAUUGAUAAGUAAAAUUAAAUUUAAGCUACCACAAACAUUGGAAUGACCAGAACCGUGUUGGACAUACAGACCGUGAUAUUGUAAAUAAGUUAGUGUUUUAAAUAGGAUCUUUGUUGGAAACAUGUCACAGUGGCGUCGGGAAUCUACAAGACCUGGGGCCCAAUUCACAAAGUGCUCUUAGGCUCUGCUAGACAACAAAGCAUCCUCUUUGCAAGUCUUACAGCAUUGCACUGCCAGAUCGCAACGUUGCGAGAGUUUAGUGAAUUAGGCCCCUGCCCUUGUAUUAAAGACCACCCAGGGAUGUACAAUUAAGACCUGCCCUUGUAAUGAAGUCCACUUGGGGAUCUAUGAUAUCUUCCCUUAUAAUAAACACUACUCAAGGAUCUACAAGACCUGCCCUUGUAUUAAAGUCCAUCCGGGGAUGUACAAGACCUGCCCUUGUAAUGAAGUCCACUUGGGGAUCUAUGACAUCUUCCCUUAUAAUAAACACUACUCAGGGAUCUACAAGACCUGCCCUUGUAUUAAAGGCCAUCCGGGGAUCUACAAGACCUGCCCUUGUAUUAAAGGCCAUCCGGGGAUCUACAAGACCUGCCCUUGUAUUAAAGACCACCCAGGGAUGUACAAGACCUGCCCUUGUAAUAAUGUCCACUUGGGGAUCUAUGACAUCUUCCCUUAUAAUAAACAUUACUCAUGGAUCUACAAGAUCUGCCCUUGUAUUAAAGACCACCCAGGGAUCUACAAGACCUGCCCAUGUAAUAAUGUCCUAUAAAGCCCCAUGGUCCUCAGAUAAUGUUGUCUUGUACUUCUGGAUGAAAAUUGCUUACAACAUUAAUUUAGUUACGUCUGUUUGGAUCUUGGCUGUCUGCCUACAUUAGUUCAAUACAGGAUUUUGUAUGUGGGCAUUUGGUACAUGCCAUACUUUUGACAAUGUUAGUUUUCAUAAAUACCUGUUACAUAUGCAUCCUAUUGAUUUGUCGAGAUGUUCUGUGUUCAGAACAAUUCAGCUGAUCGUGAACAUAAGCAUUUACUCGUUUCCAGACAAGAUUUCAAAAUUAUGGGCUUUUAAAUAAGAUCUGUAUGCCCAAAAACAGUGGACAUGACUAAGUGAAAGUGAAAGUGAAGCAAGGAACAAAUUUUUGGACAGAAGUACUAUACCAUGUGGUGACAGGACUGGCUACCUUUACGUUUGGGUAAAACACGUGCAGUUGUAGGCUCAAGUCUCAAGUGUGUCCAUUUAGUAUGUAUGCAAAAGCAAAUAAUCAUAUUUUAAAUUCUCCCUCAUUCUCUUUCUGUAUAGAUUCAUGCAAAAAAAACUAAAUAAUAAUCCGUUAGUCCUAAAGUGAAUACUUGAUGGAAAGAAGCUAAAUAAUUCAACGUAUGUAAGGAAUUGAGUAUUUAGGCAUAAUCUAAACAAUUAAUUGGUCCUGAUUAAUAAAAUAUGUGUAAAAAUUUGGAUAAUUAUUAUUGCACUGUAUAUUGUUAAAUGAAAAGAUAAAAAUUGUAUUUUAUAUUAAAAUCACUUUUUUGUUAAAUAUAAAAUGGUGUAGACAUGGUUGAAACCAGAAACAUCUGUACAUGUUACUUUUUGUUAGUCAAGUGGGAUGUAAGCCAGUGCAAAAACAACAAAAAACCUUCAAAAUGACACAUCACAAAUGAAAAAGGAUUCGGUAAUGAUGAUCCUGUAAUGAGUAUUGCAUUGCUUAAAAAGUGAUUCCUUGGGCUCUUUGUCUUCAUGAGUGUUAAGACAAGCUAGUAUCCUUUUCUGACAGCCUUCAUACAUGCCGCAUGUUUGGCAGGUUUUGUAUACAGUGAAACCCAUCUAAACUCGACACCCUUGGGACCAAGACAAAUGUCCGGUAUUAAGAGGGAUCCGAUUCUGCACUGGUUUUUAAAAAUGGACUCUGUAAAACAUUCGGUUUUGAGAGAAUUCCGGUUUACAGAGGGUCCGAUCUUGAGAGGUUUCACUGUAUAAAAAAUCAUUCUGUGCGGUCUGGUAAAAUCAGUGAUAGGGGACCUAUUGGCAUGUAGAUUUUGGCUCUUGUGUUCAUGCCAAUUUAACAAACACUAUUCCCAUAUCUUCACUUUUGAAUGGAAUUUUAAAUCAGUUUAAAAUACUAUUAUUGUUUUUCAAGAAUUAAAAAAACCAAAACAAAGGACUUUAGUGAUAAUUUAAAAAUAUAUUCUUAAGAAACAUUCAAGAUGAUGACAGUAAACACAAAACUAUUCUACAAUUAAAAUAGUUGGUUAAAUUUGGAAAUGAGAAAAAACAAAAGUAUAUCUCAAUGUGUAGUUACAUCUUCAAAUUAAGUGUUUUGAGUCAAGUGACAGUGGGUAUGGGGGUUGCUAGAAAUUUCAUAUAUGAAGAUAUUUUUCUAGCUGACAAGAUGUUGAUAGGAAUCAGGUAUCAAAUAUGUAACAAAAUGUUUACAUUGUGCUUUGUUUGUGUCAUACAAUGUGGUUUAUAUACAAUAGAGUAGUGUAUGAAAUGCCUUAACCUGCAUUCAACACGGCUGGGGCGCGCUGGGAGGAUUCGAGGCAGCAACCUUCUGUAUGAAGUUAUUGCUAGCCAACACUAUCUAUACAAAAGCUACUACAUAAUACAAAUUUUAUUAACAUUUCCAUCACUGAUAUUUGCAUUGCCUGUGUAAUAUGGUUACGUAUAAUGUGUAAUACAGAUAUGUAUAAUAUGACUUGGCAUAAGGUACUGUCAUAAUACUCAACAGUCUUGCAUAUUACUGGUGGAAGUGAAUUUAGUGAACAGUGACUCAGUUUAUGCUGGCCUGUAUCCUGUUUUCUGACCACCUGCUCAGACCAUUUGAUGUAAAAGGACUCUCUUGAGUUCGUAGCCAUUAAUAUAGACCACUAAUUAAUUCAUCUACUAGAGGUAGAUACCCAGGUAGUAAAAUCAUUUAAAUGGAUCCAGUCUGUCAGUCACACUGAACAACAUGCUAAUAUGUUUGUUGUAAACCUUCAACUGCUAAAACAGGCAUCUUUGUGGUGAAACUUUCAUCUGCUAAAACAGGUAUCUUUGUUUGUCAUUUAUUACCACAGUGUGACAUGAACUCCGUGACUCCAUUACUUGGAGCUUGGAGUCUUUAAUUUAAUGUCGUAUACAUACAUACAUACAUACAUAUACAUAUACAUGUUUUUUCACUUUCUCUCAUUUAAUAACUAAUAAUAUAAAAAAACAUUCUUAAAGUUAUAAAUACAUUUUGCACAUGUAUGAAAAUGUGCUAUUUUAAAUCAUGUAACUCAACUGUCCAGAUAGGUGGUCAUCUGAUUUUUGUUGUGGAAUAGAGAAUAUUGUACGGGUUGUGGUGCUGGCAUUUGGUCCUUCAAAAAUAAUAUUUCUGGUAAUUUGCAGAUUUAUAUUGAUUGUGAAAGGAGUGAAAUUUGAUCUUCAGAAUGUUUUGUGGAUAAUUAAACUAUAGAAAUUAUCUCUUUAUUUGGAACAUGCCUAUUUUAGUCGUAUCUUUUUUACUUAGAUUAAUGUCUCUUACGAGAAUUGGGAGGGAUGGGGGCAGAUUCGAAGCAUUUUCCAAGUCGUUUGUUUUAUCAAAUUUGGAAAUUCAAAUCGAGUUCAUUUAAUUAUGUUUAUUGAAUUGUGGAGAAUACAGUAUAAUAAGAACAUAUAACAACGCAUAUACAAUAACAGAUACAUUUUAAAUAUAUACAAAAUAAAUUAUAUUAGCAGUUUCCACUUGCCCCAAUCUUAAUUGAAAAACAUGUGAAUUGUGAAACGAUUGAUGAGAGCAAAGUGGAU